AUUCCUUCGUCUGCUGUGAAGCCAUCACCAAGAAAGUUUCCUUCCAAGACCACAAGUCAAAUCAGAUACAGACUUUUCACGAUGGGUUUCAAGCACCCUUUCAUGCUCGCAAGCCUUAGCACUCUACUAGUGAGCACGACCGCCGCUCAAGCUCGUACAGCUGCCACUGGUGAAGCAUAUCAGGUUGUAGUCUACGAUCCGGCAAGGUUCACAUGCUUUGAUGGCGGUAUGAAGCCUAGGAUCUACAAAGUUGAAGAACUGGUCAAUCUGCAAAAUCGUGUUUCUGAUAAAGAAUUAGGCCCUUUACAGCAUCUCAACGUUUACUUGCUCGAAGAUAAAGACGCUGGCAUGGAUGGCGACGUGUCGGUGGCUUUCAAGGCUGAAGGUUACAAGAAAGAAUGGCGUGCAAGGCCCGUGUGCAAUACCGCUACUGACAACACGAACGUGCAUACCUUUAUGAAGGAUCAUAAGUUGUACUCGAAGGGCGGAUGCCGGCUCCAUCUUUUCAUCCCUGCAGUGGCGAAGACGAAACCGCAAAUCGAUCUUUUCUCUUGCUAUGAGUAAAGCCUGCACGAUCCGACUGCUCGUGUCGCUUCCUUCAAUUCACUUACCAACUGCGAUACACUUGUCUAUCUUUCUAUCGCAUAUCAAAUCCCAUUUUCUUUCUUCAAAUGUCUGGC